UUGUUCAAUGGGCACAUGGCCCUGCACACUUAUCAAAAGAUCUGAUGAAUGCUCUUGUACAAAAGUCCCCUCGAAGCACCUGGCUAAGCCCAUGUAUCCAUUCCAAAGAAUCCAGAUAGAUCAUAUCCAGAUGCCAAAGAGCGGCAAUUACGAAUAUGCACUAGUGAUAGUGGACAUGUUCUCAGGCUGGCCAGAAGCCUACCCAGUGAUUAACAUUACCGCCAAAACAACAGCACUACUUACAGAAAUUGUGUGUAGAUUCGGAUUGCCAGAAGUCAUUGAAAGUGACCAAGGUCCGGCCUUCACAGCAUCAGUUACCAAAGAAAUUUGGACUGCUCUAGGAGUAACUCUUGCUUUUCACACCCCUUACCACCCACAGAGUAGUGAUCCUGAUUCUGACACAGGCAACCACAGUCUGCUACCCGGUGAUUGGGUCCUAGUCAAGAAAUUUGUGCGAAAACACACUCUGGAACCAAGAUUUGAGGGACCAUUCCAAGUUCUCCUGAUCACCGCUACCUCUGUCAAGCUGGCUGGUAGGCCACAUUGGAUUCACGCCUCUCACUGCAAAAAGACACCUGCUCCAGAAGAAGCUGAUUCCGCACAACCAUGUACUUCUGGUACCUAAUCCCCUUGAUUGGCCUUCUUAAAGCCCAGCAGGUGGCCAUAACUAAAGAUGCUAGUGGGUACACCUUCUGGUAUAAUUCAUCAUGUACCCGUGUGGCCACCUUUACCUUUGAUUACUGUGAUAUUGUAGAUUGCCCAUUCCCUAAAUCACAGAUUCAAGCCAUUUAUAAAGACAUACCGCAAGCAAAAGACCCCUACAUUUGUGUAGUUGAUAACCAAUGGGGGCAUAAUUGUGAUCAUUGGGGGGCGGCGGGAUGGAAUACCGGG